AUGGUGAACAACGAGGCGCUCGAGCGCAGCGGCGAUGGCAUCAACGAGAAACUUACAGGCUUCAAUGCCCUGGCGACCAAGGACAAGAUGAAGCGAUUCCUCGUUGAACUGAACGCCACCAUCCCCAGGUUCAAGGACCAGGGUACGGCUGACUGGGAGCAAACCCGAGCUAAAGAGCCGGUAUCGCGAUCCGCCGAGCUGUUUGUAACGAACACUCCUACAACACCCUCAGCGAAGCGCCCAGCAGCGGCAUCGCAGCUAGCGGCAUCGCAGCCAGCGGCAUCAAAGCGCGUAAAGCGUGCAGCACAAGCAGCAGACGGCGGAGACAGUAGCGAGCAGGCCGGCGACGACCCCCAAGCCACUAUGCCAAGUAUGCUCUCGCGUCUAUUUGUGACAGACGCAGUGCAGCUCUCGACACCUAUACUGGCCUGUCUCAACGCCCUGGGGUCUCCGCUGAGUGCUGUCGCGGUGCAGAAGCAGGACAGCGAUGACUUGACGACCAGCCUCUCUCCAUUGGUUGAGCCCAUCUCUAUGCUCAUCGCGGCUCGGGACUCCAUCAUACCAACACACAGCUACCUCGAUAACUUCGGUCGGUUGGCUGUUGCACUACGCAAGCACCCAGUCACUGCCCCGGCCUGCCUUGGACCCUUCCUCGCCGGUCUAAACUUCACGCUUGUCGAGAGCCAAGAGAACGCAGAAGAGUCGGGGGACACCAGCACGAGCCACCAAGAGGCUGCAGUCCUAGCUGAACUGGACGUCCUCUCGAACGAGGUCAACCGCGCUUUCGAAGUGUGGCGUGCCAAGUUCCCCCCGCCACCUUCCGACUCGUUGCUGUACCCAGUCGACUUUGACAAGGAUGAGAGGAUAGCACUGAGAGCAUUUGGCAGAAAGUACAUUACGAAGAACCCCAAGCUCGAAAAGAAGGGGGCGGCGAGAGCUGUCUUGCUCGCUGCCUACAAGGAAAUAUUGGCAAGCUGGCCGGUCGAACGAGGGGGGUCGCUGGCGUCGGCAAAGAGCGUGUUGGUAGAGGCAAGAAAGAACGUCGGUCUACUCAAGGGCAAGCCUCUGUCUAGCAAUACUCCUGAUUAUGAGAUGGGCGAUGAGGAGGAGGACCACGGGGAGGCGCCAUGCGCGGAGUACGAAUGA